CAUUGUGUUGUUACACUAUCGGUCCAAUAACAUAUUUAUAAUUUUGUUUUUUUUUUUGUUUUGAUUUGAUAGUUUAUGGAAAGUGUUUACUAGAAAUCUAGAUUCUGUUCUGAAUGUGACUAUAGCAAGUAAAGGAAAUAAUAAGCUGUGAAUUCGUAUAUUUAACAAAGUUACAUUCCAGAAUUGAUAUACACACAAUCCAAAUAGUAUAAGAAUGGGAGAGGAAUGCGAAGGAGACAGCAUAGAAGCUUCUCAGUUGGAAUCUUGUUUUUUGUCUCAGGGUGAACGUGUAGCUGCAGGAGUAGAAAUGAGAAAAAGAGAUUGUGCAGCUGGUGUUUCAAGGGAUGAUCGCAAUCUUCUUUAUGAUGAAACUGAUAAAGAGGAUGUGCAGGCGCGCAUACGACGUAUGACUGUAAAGGCUGCCACUGGCACGUUAGAAGAUGCAGAAAUGAUUGAGUCUAUUGAAAACUUAGAGGAUACCAAAGGACAUUCGGUAAAGGAAUGGAUUACGAUGCUAGGACCACGAACGGAAAUUUCAAACCGCUUUAAAAGCUUUCUUUGUACUCAUACAAAUUCCAAGGGACAGCACAUGUACAAAAAACGUAUUCACCAUAUGUGUGAAAGUAAUCAGUCCAGUUUCAUAGUGGAAUUUCCCAUUCUUGCUAGUAAGGAACAUGGCUUGGCCUAUUUUUUACCAGAAGCGCCAUUCCAAAUGCUUGAGAUAUUUGAUGAAGUGGCGAAGGAAUUGGUGCUUACAAUUUUUCCCACUUAUGAUAGAGUUACGACGGAAAUUCAUGUGAGGAUAUCGGAAUUACCGUGGAUCAAAGAAUUAUGGAUGUUCAGAAAACUCCACUUAAAUCAAUUGGUCCGAACUCUUGGAGUUGUAACGGCGGCUACGAGUAUCCUGCCGCAAUUAUCGGUGAAGUACGAUUGUACAAAAUGUAACUACGUUCUCGGACCGUUCGUCCAAUUUCAAAAUACAGAAGUUAAACCGGGAUCUUGUCCCAAGUGUCAGAGCGUCGGUCCAUUUACGAUCAAUAUGUCGGAGCAAACUAUAUACAGAAACUAUCAAAAGAUAACAAUACAAGAAUCUCCGGGUAGAAUACCCGCUGAUAAAAUACCGUACAGAAAAGACUGCAUUCUCCUAUCUGACCUCUGUGGUCGUUGUAAACCAGGAGACGAGAUAGAUGUUACAGCUAUUUAUACUAAUAAUUAUGACGGUUCUUUGAAUACUGAACAGGACUUACCAGUUUUAUUAGCUAAUCACUUAUUUGUCAAAGAUUCGAAAGAAAUCAUAGAUUAUCUGACGGAAGAAGACAUCUCGAGUAUACUCGCUUUGAGUAAAGAUCAACGCAUCGCGGACCGCAUAGUUGCGAGUAUCGCGCCUUCAAUUUACGGCCAUGAGAACAUUAAGAGAGCUUUGGCACUGGCGAUAUUCGGAGGCGAGCCAAAGAAUCCUGGCAACAAACACAAGGUUCGCGGUGAUAUAAAUGUCCUGUUGUGCGGUAGUCCUGACAUAGCUAGGUCGCAAUUUUUAAAGCACAUGGAGAAGAUAGCGCCGAGAGUUGUUUUUACUAGGAAUCUAGGCGCUUCGAUUGUUGGUUUGACCACUUACGUUAGGAGCUCAUCCAUCACCAGAGAAAGGACUUUGGAAGCUGGAGCUUUAGUCCUCGCCGAUCAUGGAAUAUGCCUCGUCGAUGAAUUCAACAAAAUGAAUGAUCAAGACAGAACAUCUAUCCACGAAGCUAUGGAACAACAAAGUAUUUCUAUUUCUAAGGCCGGUUUUGUUAUGUCUCUUCACGCCAGAUGCGCAGUGAUUGCCGCAACUAAUCCUAUCCGUGGUGGAUAUGAUUCCAGUAUGACCUUUUUGGAAAAUGUGGAUCUUUCUGAACCGAUUCUUUCGCAAUUUGACGUGUUGUGCAUAAUCAAAGACGAGAUCGAUCCCAUGCAGGAUCGUCAUUUAGCCAAGUUUGUUAUGAAUUUGCAUCAUCCUACAAAUAACACGGAGAGAGCACAGACCGUAGUAUUGGAUCCUGCCACGAGGGAUCUGUGUAUUCCCCAAGAUCUUCUAAAAAAGUACAUCGUCUACGCGAGGCAAAAUGUACAUCCAAAACUAACCAACAUCGAUGAGGACAAAGUGGUAAAACUGUAUAGCCAAUUGAGACAGGAAAGCUUGGCGACUGGGAGUUUACCGAUUACUAUGCGCCACAUGGAGAGCAUUAUUCGUAUGGCGGAGGCUAGUGCUAAAAUGCAUCUGAGAGGUCACGUUCAAGAGAGCGACAUGAAUCUGGCUAUCAAGAUAGUUCUCGAUAGUUUCAUUGACACGCAAAAAUACUCUAUUAUGAAAUCUAUGCGUCAGACGUUCCAGAAAUAUUUAUCGUACAAGAAAUAACAUAACGAACUUCUACUACGUACUACGACAAAUCGCUUUGAACACUCUGGCGUUUCAGAAAACUUUGCACGGUGGACGUAUUACUAUCGUCGAGAUUUCGGAGAAGGAUCUGUUGGAACGAGUAAUGCAAACGAUUACGUUAAAUUUGAUUCGAAAUAUACUUAGUUCGAAAAUAAUACUAGGAUUUAAUAAGUAUAUAAUAAAAAAAUUAUGUCAAAAUGA